GGCUGGGUUGAGGAGUUCCCAGCAGACACCGCGCCGCGGCUGCGCAGUACAAGGGAGGCUUUUAAUUCCAUUGUGGAGAGGACGGCGUUAUUUUUAUUAACUGGAGGCGACGGCGGCUACGGCGGCGGCGGUACCCCCAGGCCUCCUCCGGGGUAUGAAAAUCGGCAGUGGGUUCCUGAGUGGCGGCGGUGGUACCGGCAGUAGCGGUGGUAGCGGCUCCGGCGGCGGUGGUAGUAGCGGCGGCGGCGGCGGCGGCAGCAGCAGCAGCAGCAGGAGGGCAGAGAUGGAACCCACCUUUCCCCAGGGUAUGGUUAUGUUCAACCACCGGCUUCCCCCGGUCACCAGCUUCACCCGGCCGGCGGGGUCGGCCGCCCCUCCCCCGCAGUGCGUGUUAUCCUCCUCUACCUCCGCAGCCCCGGCCGCUGAGCCCCCCCCUCCGCCAGCCCCGGACAUGACUUUCAAGAAGGAGCCGGCGGCGUCAGCCGCGGCCUUCCCCUCGCAGAGGACCUCCUGGGGAUUCUUGCAGUCUUUGGUUAGCAUCAAACAGGAGAAACCCGCAGAUCCUGAAGAGCAGCAGUCCCACCACCACCAUCACCACCACCACUAUGGGGGGCUGUUCGCUGGGGCUGAAGAGAGAUCUCCAGGCCUAGGAGGUGGGGAUGGGGGGAGCCACGGCGUCAUCCAGGACCUCAGUAUUCUCCACCAGCAUGCCCAGCAGCAACCAGCCCAGCACCACCGCGACGUAUUGCUCAGCAGCAGUAGCAGGACUGAUGACCACCAUGGCAGUGAGGAGCCAAAGCAGGACACUAAUGUCAAAAAGGCAAAGAGGCCAAAGCCAGAAUCUCAGGGAAUCAAAGCCAAGAGGAAGCCAAGUGCAUCUUCCAAACCUUCUUUGGUUGGAGAUGGAGAAGGUGCCAUCCUGUCCCCAAGUCAGAAACCUCAUAUCUGUGAUCACUGCAGUGCUGCUUUCAGAAGCUCCUAUCACCUGCGGAGACAUGUCCUCAUUCAUACUGGAGAAAGACCUUUCCAGUGCAGCCAGUGUAGUAUGGGUUUCAUUCAGAAAUACCUACUGCAGAGACAUGAGAAAAUUCAUAGUAGAGAGAAGCCAUUUGGAUGUGAUCAGUGCAGCAUGAAGUUUAUUCAGAAGUACCAUAUGGAGAGACACAAGAGGACACAUAGUGGAGAAAAGCCAUAUAAAUGUGACACUUGCCAACAGUAUUUUUCAAGGACUGAUAGACUGUUGAAGCACAGGCGCACAUGUGGUGAAGCCAUAGCUAAAGGAGCCGCUAGUGCAGAACCUGGGUCAUCAACCCAUAACAGUAUGGGUAAUCUGGCUGUGUUGUCUCAGGGAAAUACAAGUUCUUCAAGGAGAAAAACGAAGUCAAAAAGCAUAGCUGUUGAAAAUAAGGAACAUAAGACUGGUAAAACAAAUGAAUCACAAAUUUCAAAUAAUCUAAACAUGCAGAGUUACUCAGUAGAAAUGCCUACUGUGUCUUCCGGUGGAGGCAUAAUUGGCACUGGUAUUGAUGAACUGCAGAAAAGGGUGCCAAAAUUGAUCUUUAAAAAAGGAAGCAGAAAGAAUACAGAUAAAAACUACCUGAAUUUUGUGUCACCAUUACCAGACAUAGUUGGGCAGAAGUCCUUGUCUGGGAAGCCAAGUGGCUCACUUGGCAUAGUAUCGAAUAAUAGUGUGGAGACCAUUAGUCUUCUCCAAAGUACCAGUGGCAAACAAGGUCAAAUAAGUAGUAAUUAUGAUGAUGCCAUGCAGUUUUCAAAGAAAAGAAGAUAUUUACCAACUGCCAGCAGCAAUAGUGCCUUUUCUAUAAACGUGGGACACAUGGUCUCCCAACAGUCCGUCAUUCAGUCUGCAGGUGUCAGUGUUUUGGACAAUGAGACCCCAUUGUCCCUUAUUGACUCCUCAGCUCUAAAUGCUGAAAUUAAGUCUUGUCAUGACAAGUCUGGAAUUCCUGAUGAGGUUUUACAAAGUAUUUUGGAUCAAUACUCCAACAAAUCAGAAAGCCAGAAAGAGGAUCCUUUCAACAUAACGGAACCACGAGUGGAUUUACACACCUCAGGAGAACACUCAGAAUUGGUUCAAGAAGAAAAUUUGAGCCCAGGCACCCAAACACCUUCAAAUGAUAAGGCAAGCAUGUUGCAAGAAUACUCCAAAUACCUCCAACAGGCUUUUGAAAAAUCCACUAAUGCAGGUUUUACUCUUGGACACGGUUUCCAGUUUGUCAGUUUGUCUUCACCUCUCCACAACCACACUUUAUUUCCAGAAAAACAAAUAUACACUACAUCUCCUUUGGAGUGUGGUUUCGGCCAAUCUGUUACCUCAGUGUUGCCAUCUUCAUUGCCAAAGCCUCCUUUUGGGAUGUUGUUUGGAUCUCAACCAGGUCUUUAUUUAUCUGCUUUGGAUGCUACACAUCAGCAGUUGACACCUUCCCAGGAGCUGGAUGAUCUGAUAGAUUCUCAGAAGAAUUUAGAGACUUCAUCAGCCUUCCAGUCCUCAUCUCAGAAAUUGACUAGCCAGAAGGAACAACAGAAAAAUUUAGAGUCCUCAACAAGCUUUCAGAUUCCAUCUCAGGAGUUAGCUAGCCAGAUAGAUCCUCAGAAAGACAUAGAGCCUAGAACAACGUACCAGAUUGAGAACUUUGCACAAGCGUUUGGUUCUCAGUUUAAGUCGGGCAGCAGGGUGCCAAUGACCUUCAUCACUAACUCUAAUGGAGAAGUGGACCAUAGAGUAAGGACUUCAGUGUCAGAUUUCUCAGGGUAUACAAAUAUGAUGUCUGAUGUAAGUGAGCCAUGUAGUACAAGAGUAAAGACACCCACCAGCCAAAGUUACAGGUAAGGUCCCAAAGUGACCAGGCUGGAGGUCUAAUGUAAUUUUGUUUUAUUUUGAGAACACUGCCAUUGGAAUGUUUCUACACGAUCCUAUUAAGAAUAAUGUAAUGCCCUUUCAAUGCAACUUUUCAUAUUUAGUUUAUUUUGUUAGUGUGAUUUUAGCUCUGUUUGUAUUAUGAUUUUUAAUCAAAAUCAAUAGAUUAAAAAUAGUUUGACAUUCAAAGUGACAAUGUUUAGCAAUCAAAUUUACAUGUAUAGAUCGUCAGGGAAUAGCCCAAAAGUUUUAAAUGCAAAAAAAAAACAAAAAAAAAACAAAAAAGCAAAAAAACAAAAAAAAAACCCCAAAAACAAAAAAAAACAUACAAAAAAAACACAAAAAAAACAAAAAACACACAAAAAAAACUUUGUUGCUAGGAUUAAGGUUAUUCUAAUUGCUUUACUCUCAGGAAAGUGUAAUAACGCAUGGGAAUUCUGUACGUUAUCACUGUAAUGGAAUAUCCAAUUUACAGAUAGUAUGAUACACAUUUCAUCAUUUAAGUAAGGGAUCGAAAACAUUUCAAAUUGCUCUAUCUGGGCUAAUAUACAUUUCAUCAUUUUUAAGUAAGGGAUCGAAAACAUUUCAAAUUGCUGUCUCCAUCUAGGCUGAUCCAAAAUUCUGAGAUGUUGGCUACCUAUAUUUUGUUGCAGCUUUUAAAUGUACUCUGAACUUCCAAACCAUUCAUUCCAGCCUGGUAGAACAAAUAUUCUUGGAUCUUUGAUCAAAGCCUGGAAUGAUAGCUUUAAUAAGAGAAGAAAAAAAAAUAGCACCCUCUCCUUAUGCCAACUGUAACAAGGCUGUAGUUUCAUUAGAAGUUACAAUAUCUGGCAGUGUUGAUGACCCAGUGGUUGGUUGGUACCAGUAUUAGAACCCAAGUUGGAAUUACAUAAUUCUUUGAAAUUUGGGGUAUGCGUUUUUUAUUAUACAUGGCUUAAAACGUGCUCUUGUCUAUGUUAUUACUUGUCACCCACACUUCUGUUUUUUUGUUCUUGUCCUACCCUCUUAGAGUUCUGAGCCUGCUUUGUUCCCUCUUCUCUCUGGACAGUUUAAAUUUUAGAACGAUUUACAUUCCAUUAGGUAAUUCAUUAGGCAUUUUAUAUGCCUUAUGGCAUUCAAAUACUAAACAAUAGGAUAAACAACCCCCCAUGUACCUUUUAAAAAAAAAAUAAAACCCAUACAGAUUUCCAUGUAUAAUGAAGUCCCAUACUCUGAGCUAUAGGUAUUAUUAUUAAGGUUGUAAUUCCAACUGGUGACAUUGCUAAUGUGAGGGAUAAGAGUGUCUGCAUUUAGUAAUGACAUCAGAACCUCUUUGUGAAAUUGCAGCCUUUAAUGUACAUUUUAAAAGGGUGCAUUAGUCAGUAUUGUACAGGGGUCUUGUAAAGUCAUCAAAAUUUGCUAUGAACGCUAAUUGCCAUUUGAAGCUACUGAUAAGACAGUAGCUCUGCUCUAAACCACUUUUUAGCAAUUGUAUUUUUUUCCUGAUUAUAUUUUUUAAUGUACUUUGAUGUUUAUGCUGAUGAGUUUUUUAUGUACUUUUGGUGAUGUUUCAGUCUUAUGUACUCUUCUGACGUCAGAAAAGUACCACUGGUUGUUUGCAGUCUUAUUGUGUAAUCAGCCUACCACAGGCUUCCAUGUAUAAUAAAGUAAUUAAUAUUGUGCAAGUGUAAAACACUUCUGUUAUGAAAGCAGUGUUUGGAAAAUAAGAAAUUAUUAAAAAUGGUUACAAAAUAUUAGUUAAUUUCCUUUCCCCACUUUCCUCCCUUAAGUCUGCUUACCAGCUAAAGGGUCAUCUAUUUGUCAUUGCAAGAUUCUUAGAAAAUGUGUUUAAUCCUCUUAAAUACACUCAAUACUAAAAAGUCUGUAUUUCUUAUUUUGGUAAGUGCGGUAAGUUCUAUUGGGUACAGAGUACAAGCUGUAAUCAAAGGAUGGAGAGGACCUUUACCACUGUAUCUCUUAAACUGUAUGAUUUUUCUCCAGUGUUUGUUUUAUACAGGUUUUGAAUUUCUUUAACUUUUAUUGUGUGUACUGAAUACUGCAUAUGUAUUAUUCUGAUUGUUUGCUCUAGUUUACUACCAAUAAAAGACCUGUUAAUCACAAAAUUGAAGAAAGGAGAUAUCACUUAAUAUCCAGUAACAUUUUUCAGGUUUUUUUUAUUAACUACAUUUUCUAAAAUAAUUCCUUAUUCUGGUGGUAUAACCUGCAUUUAGGGACUUGUAUGUUUAUUGUGGUUUUUGGGUUUUUUUGAACUUAAAUAUUUUAUAUUUCUAGGUUUAUUUGAAAAUUGGGUGAGUAUUUUCUUUGUGUUUGAGGUGCACUAUAUGGAAGGGUAGAAAUUUAAAAUUAUGUAAAUCAGAACAUGUUUUGUUGAAAUUGGGUUACCUAUCCUAAAUAUUAGAGACACUAUUGAGACCUCAUUUAAAAUCAGAUUCCAAUAUCUUUUGGUUCUAGAUGGAUCCUUUUUGUCUUAAAAAGGUUGUAAUAAGAUAACAGUAUGACAAAAAUGGUCGAGCAUUUUCAAUAGGAAUAAAAAAAAAAGUAUUAGUCAUAGUUUAACCAUGUUUAAAAAGGUUGAAAGUAUAGAUAGCAGAAGGAAAGAAGUAAGACAUUUAAAUAUUAGAGAUGCGGAAGAAAUGUUUGGAAGUGUCUUUUAAAGAUGGAGAAAAACUGUAAGUGGCUAUGUAAAAUAAUGAGAAAAUUGUGCUUUGAAAUCAGUGGCUACAAAUGUUGAAUUAAGGAGUAAAAAUAUUAAAGGAUAGAAUAGGUCUUUGCAACUUUGCCCUUUUUUUUUGGGCAUAUGAUACUAUUGUAGGGAAAUGAUAAAUUAUUAUAUUAAGCGUGAACUUGGAUUUUUCUGUAGAGAAAUGUCUACUCCUGGACCCACAUGAUUGGGGAAAAGUAAAAUAGUUCUUUCUUUGCCAAGGUCAUUUCCUAGAUUUGGUCAUUUUCUUCAACAAGAGUGCUAAGCAGAAUCUCACUGAGUCUGCAUUCAAAUCCAACUCCUGAUUUAUCUGCACAGAUGACUUCUCCAUUCUAGGUUAACGCUAACU